AUGGCACAGGUAGAUCAGAAGAUUAUAGAUUUACUUAAUUCAGCAUCCAGAUAUGAUGUCUCAAAUUUGGAUAUAUUCGAAAAUUGCGUAAAGGAUCAGAUAAAAAAAGGUCAAUAUAGUAUUUUAAAUAAUUUAGUUGUUUUAUUACAAUAUUCAAUUUACCCAAAAAAAACUAAUUUGGAUAUUGUACAGGAUAUUUUAUUGCUCUCAAUAAUCAGAGGCCCACUGUCAUCUGACUUUCUAUCAUGCAGUUAUCAAAUUCCAUUAUCAAUUCAGAAUGAUCCCAAUGUAAAGCAAAUCAUUCAGCUUAAUGAUUUACUAACUAGCUGUAGAUAUGCAAAUAUGUGGUCUUUAUUGAAAACAAAUGAUCAUCUCAGAAGUAAAGUUGAAAGAAUAAAAGGAUUCUACGAUUCAAUCCGCGAUAUUAUCAUAUAUUCAGUAAAUUGUUCUCAUAGUUGUAUCAGUAUCUCUGUAUUAAGUGAGUUACUCGAUUUUCCGAAGGAUUCUGCAGAGCUUAAAAAUGUUAUUGAAAAGAAUAAGUGGAUAUUGGAUAGCGCAUGCGAAAUUAUUAGGAUCCCAUUAUCUGAGAGCCCAAUUGAAAACGUUGAUUCUAAUGCAAAUAAGAACAAAUCACUUGGAAGCAAUGAAGUUAUUUUCAAAAAUUAUUUGAAUUUACUUAGCAAUAACUAA